UCCGACCUCAGCACACAAAAGGUUCUAUUUCUGUACAUGUACUAGGGUUAUCUCUCCACUUACCCUAACUAAAUCCCCCCUCUCUCUCUCUCUCUCUCUCUCUCUCUCUCUCUCUCUCUGUCUCUCUCUCUCUCUCUCUCUCUCUGUCUCUCUCUCUCUCUCCCUGUCUCUCUCUCUAUCCAACACUGUCACCCACUCUCGCAAAAUCAUGGCUGACAGAAACAGCCGAUUAAGUGCUAAGAAGGAAAAAGGAAAUGGGAAGGAAAAAAGUGUUAAAAAGCCUGAGAAAGUUGUGAAGAAGCCGGAGAACACCCCCGAGCAGCCGAAGACGGAAGAAGAGAAGAGGAAUGGGGAAAGCGCAGGGGCCUCAGGAGCGGAGGUGGCUGACAGUGAGGAAAAAUCCGAGUUUCAGCCCAUAGAGCUGCCGCCGUUUGAGAUUGUCACAGGGGAGCUGAUGAGCCAGUUUUACUUCAAGUUUCAGUUCAGGAACGUGGAGUACUCAUCAGGGAGGAACAAAACCCUCCUGUGCUUCAGAGUGGACACAGCAGGAGGCAGCGUGGACCCGCUGAAAGGUUAUAUGGAGGAUGAACAUGCCACCUCUCAUGCUGAAGAAGCCUUCUUUCAGCAGGUGCUCCCUAACGCUUCACAGGAGUAUGAUGUUACAUGGUAUGUAUCAUCCAGUCCCUGCUUGGAUUGUGCAGCUAAGCUGGCCAGCAUCCUUAAGCAGCGCAAAAAGCUGCGCCUCUGCAUAUUCUGCUCCCGUCUCUUUGAGUGGGAGGAGCCCGAGAUAGUAGAGGGGCUCCGAGCUCUGGUGAGCGCUGGCUGCAAACUGCGGAUGAUGAAGCCGUCCGACUUUGUGCACGUUUGGGAGACGUACGUGGACAAAGAUGAGGAGACCUUUACACCCUGGGAGGACUGUCAGGAGAACUAUGAGUACUAUGUGGACAAACUGGCUGACAUCCUCAAGUAGAUGUGCACAAGAUCUCCCCACUGACUCAACCACAAAUAAGCCUUCUUGUGAAAUCACCACUUUUUGAACAUGUGUUUCUUGCAGUCACAUUUUAUGGUGCAUAUCAAUCCAUAUUAGUUUUAAUGAAUUCUGGGGGCAACAUUUUGUAUUUUGUAUUUUAAUAAUUUUGUUGAAAGACACAAAAAUGCUUAAAUUUCUAGAUAAAUAUGUAUUGUAUACAGUUUCCAACCGGCAGAGCAACAACAUUCACUGCUGAAUCAUUUAUUACAUUAAAUACGUUUUGGAGAAAGUUAACUUACAAUCUAGUGACAUCUGGUGUUUGUUCUAAGAAUUGAAAUGGUAAUUGAUUAUCCUGCAGAUGAUCACUUUAUGUACAAUGCAUAAAUCAAAGCAACAAUGUGUGUUUGAUGCUUAUCACAUAAAAGAUGUUCUAUAUUUAUUUUCCUUUUACAGUCAAUUCAUCAAUACAUCAGUUAAAGAAAUGUACAAUUACCACCAACCAAGUUGAAUCUAUACACGGUUGUGUUGCAAUGACAGUCUGUCCAUCGCUCCAGAGUGCAAUAUCUCAUCAACAAUUUGAUGAAUUCCAAUUAAAUUUGGUGAAAACAAUGUUGUGAAAAUCAUAUUAAAUUUACAUUUACUUAUAUCUAGCACUGCGGGCAAUUCAGAAUAUAUACAUGACCUUUAAAACGUAGAUCCUCUAGUGCACUUUGAUACUAACGCAGUGAAUAUCAGAACGAGGUGAGGUGCCCAGGUAGCUCACCUAAUGGUGCUCGUACUACUAAUGAAGCUGCCUCCUCCUCUCUGCAGGCCUGGGUUUGAGGUCAGCUCGGGCCGCUACAUGCCAUCCCUACGCUUUCUCCACAACUACUCUCUACCUUCUUUAUCAAAUAAAGCAAAAAAUGUUAAAAAUAAAAAUAAAAAAGCAUAUCUGAGGCUUAAAGUCCAAC